UAUAUAUAAAAAAUAAAGGAAUCCGAAGCCUCAUAUACUUCCUCCAUUUGUGUGAAAAUUCCAAACAGAGAUUCAAACAUUGAAAAGAUUGAUUAGCCAUUUUUACGUAGAUUUCUUGUUUGCCUUUUUUCACUUUACCUUGCCACGCUUUUCUAAAUAAAAAAGCAAAAGGCAAAACUAAAAAAAAAAACAAGACACCCCACGCCAGUUGCUCUCUCAGUGGGGUGACUGACUGGGCAGUUACUGUAACCUCUUUGCAGCUCUUUUCUGUGUAGAAUUCUUGCCAUUUUGUGAGAACAAUUAAGAACAGAGAUCGUUUUUUUUUUCCCUUUUUUUUAGGUGAAAUUUUUUAAGGUAUCUGUGCUUCACUUUCAGUCGCAUUCUUUGCUUCAAGAGGUGGGUGAUUUUCGGAUGCGGGAGUCAAGAAUUCCCUGAUCUGAAGAUUGGGUUUUUUCUCUCCAAACUUCGGAGGUAAAAUUAUGAGAUGGGAUUCUCAAUUUUUUUUAUUUCUUAUUUUUUAAUUUUCUCCUUGUCUACAUUUUCAUUUGGGUUCGUUGUAAUGCUUGAUUUCCUAACAGGGGCAUCCUGGUUUUGGGUUCCUUUUCUGUAAUCUUAAUUUAUUCCAGAAUUUAUGGAAGAUCAUUUAGGACCUGUUUGAUUUAGGAAUUAGCUUAUUGCCAGGAUAUCCGCCUUGCCGGAUCCACUUUAGUUAUUAUUCUAGUAACGACGUGUUCUUUACUCUGCUACUGCUUCCUUCUAUGCGGGAAGCUUAGCUGGUCUUGUUUGAUUUUUUUUCCCCUUUUCUCCUCGAAGAAAGGGCAUCACUUGAAAGACCUGACCUUGGAGUUGACGUUACUGUGUUUGUUCACUUUUAAUUGUUUCUGUAUAGUAUUUACUCUCACGUUCUGGGCUAGUUUGCACUGUAUGUGUUAGUUUACUCUCAAAAAAUUGAUCCUGUGAUUACACAUGCUGUAUAGUUUAGGAGUUAUGGAAUUGAUCCAACAAUGAGAUAAAGAUCAGAUUUUGACUGUUUCAAUGUUAUCAGAUUUUGUGGUACUUUUUUGAGGAUUGUCUUGGAGUUAGAUGACAUCCUUGAAGUAUCCCUCAGCAUGUACUUCGACUUUUUGAUUUGUUGCACUUAUCUUACAAAUAUUUAUAGCGAGGUGGCUAAGAUCGAGGAGUGACUGCAGAGAACCUGAAUUCACUCAUUAUGCCAAUAAAUAUACAGUAUCCCCUCUUGUAGAUAAUUUGACACCCUUCUCUUGCUAUCAACACCAUCCAUAAGCACUUCUCGUUCCAGGACAUAUCUUCAUUUUGCUGUAUUGCUCUGCUACAAGUCAGCAGUGUUGGAACUAGAGACCAAAACUAUUCCUACCUUCGUCCUUACAUCAUGAGUCCCAAACUUAAAAAUAGGUGGCGCUCAAUUGUUCCUCUAAAUCUUCCAGGAAGUGGCUGUUUUUGCAUCUUUCCUAGUGCUGAUUCAUCUGGCUAUAGUCCAAGGGAAACUCCUGUUUAUCUCAAUGUCUAUGACUUGACUCCGAUCAAUGGUUAUCUCUAUUGGGCGGGCAUUGGUGUUUUCCACACUGGAGUGGAAGUGCAUGGUAUUGAAUAUGCUUUUGGAGCUCAUGAUUAUCCAACAAGUGGUGUCUUUGAGGUCGAACCUCGGCAGUGCCCUGGAUUCAAGUUUAGGAAGUCUAUUUUCGUAGGCACCACAUAUAUGGAUCCUAUCCAGGUUAGAGACUUCAUUGAGCAGCAAUCUGCAUUCUAUAGUGGUGACACAUACCAGUUGGUGAGAAAAAACUGCAAUCACUUUUGCGAGGAUUUAUGCUACAGAUUAACUGGGCGCAAAAUUCCUAAAUGGGUGAAUCGACUUGCGAGAAUAGGUUCAGUUUGCAAUUGCGUACUUCCUAAAGCACUCAAAGCAUCUGCUGUGAAGAACAGCAAAAAGUCGCAAGGCAGUGAUGGUGAAAAAAAUAGAUUGAGAAAUACAUAUGGUUUCUCGAAUUCACAUUCAAUCAGUCAGGAGAAAGAAGAAACAAUAUCUUCAUUGUUCUUACAUUCUCACUACAAAGGUUGCAUAACCCCAUGGGAGCCCAAAAUUUCAAGGAAUGUCUCUGUGAAAGAAGAAUGACAAUGCUUCUUUGUUGACCAGUCAUCUCUUGUAGGCUCUCCAAUUGAACCAAGUCUGACAUUUUAAGGAGAUCAAUCUUCGGUACUGCGAGCUUCACUUUGUGAAUAGAAAGCUUGUUGUUUGGUCUUCCGAUUGGGAUUGUACUUUUGGGUGUGGUUUUCUGGUGGGUUGAUAUCGUUCCUCGUAUUGGAAAAAAAGAAAAAGAAAAUAGAAGGAUUGAAAUGCUUUUGAUUCAUUCUUGUUUUAGAAUUUAGCUCUUCCCAUUAUAGGGAACCUUGCCCUGUUUUGUAUAUCUGGAACUACGUACGGCUCCAGUGCUCUUAAAGGCUAAAAGCAUUUAGCUGAGGUCAACCAGCAUCUGAAUGUAUACAAUGCAAAUAUGAGAAGGUUUUCUGUUUGAACCAUUAUCUGAUUUUGUGCACAAAACGGUAUAUACAUACCAAGAAAUCCAAC